AUGCCAACCACCGAACUCAUCUCCUACGACGAGGCCCAGAACUCAGCAUUCGAUAAUGUCCUCCAUGGAAAAUCAAAAGAGUCAAGAGGUGGUAUGCGAGCCAUGAUGAACAAAGACAACAAAGCUCAUGCUGCCGCUGUUGACGAGUACUUUCAGUUCUUUGACAACAAAAAGGCCGAGGAUGAAGUGGAGGCUGUCCGACAGGAAAGAACCGACAACUACGCCAGUUUGACAAGACAAUACUACAACCUUGCCACAGAUCUCUACGAGUACGGAUGGUCUCAGAGUUUUCAUUUCUGUCGCUUUGCCUAUGGAGAGUCCUUUGACCGUGCUAUCGCUCGACACGAACACUACCUCGCUCACAACAUUGGCAUCAAACCUGGUAUGAAAGUCCUUGACGUUGGGUGUGGUGUUGGUGGACCAGCCCGAGAGAUUGUCAAGUUUACAGGAGCUCACGUAACCGGUCUGAAUAUCAACGAGUAUCAGGUCGGACGUGCAGGUAUCUAUGCCGAGAAGGAAGGACUCUCUGAUAAACUCAAGUUUGUUCAGGGCGAUUUCAUGAAAAUGCCCUUUCCCGAUAACUCAUUCGACGCCGUCUAUGCUAUCGAAGCAACCGUUCACGCACCCUCCUUAGAAGGCGUCUACACCGAGAUCCGACGUGUCCUUAAACCAGGCGGCAUCUUUGGUGUUUACGAGUGGCUCAUGACCGAUAUAUACGACAAUGACGACCUUGAACAACGUCGUAUCCGUCUCGAUAUCGAAUUAGGCGACGGCAUUGCGCAGAUGUUCAAGAUUGAUCACGGAUUAUCAGCUAUCAAAGCGGCGGGUUUCGAGCUGCUUCAUCACGAGGACCUCGCAGCUACAGAUGACGGGACGUCGCCAUGGUAUUGGCCGUUGGAUAGCGACAUGCGAUAUGCACAGAAUCUAGGUGAUCUGUUGACGGUUUUCAGGAUGAAUAAAUGGGGGAGACUGGUGAUGCAUAAUCUGAUUGGGGUAUUGGAGGCUUGCUCGAUUGCGCCCAAAGGAACAAGAAAGACGGCUGAUGGAUUGGCCAAGGGAGCAGAUGCUCUGGUUGAGGGCGGCAAGAGAAAAUUGUUUACGCCCAUGUAUUUGAUGGUUGGGAAGAAGCCUGAGGAAAUCUGA